GGGCGGUCGGUCCCGGCGGCUGCCGGCGCCAUGCUGCCGCCGUGCCGGGCCCUGCUGGCCGCCCGGGCCUUGCCGGCUGCUGUCAGCGGCAUGUUGCCACUGUGCCGGGCCCUCCCGGCAGCUGCCGGGGCCGUGCGGGGUGGCUGGGCCCCGUGGAGGCCGGCCCUCCUCCAUCUCCUCAGGCCGGUGCCGGCGGGGGGCCGGCAGCCGACUUUCUCCACAAGCUGCGCGAAGUUCUCAAAGAACAGGCGGCUGAGGCAAAAAAGAGUCAUUUCGGAAAGGAAACUGACACGCUAUUUCGUGGAUCACCGUAAAGUGCGUGUGGUUGGAGGACAAGGAGGAGGAGGGGGUCAUUCUUUUUAUAGUGAACCCAGAAAAAUAUUUGGAGGUCCUGAUGGUGGAAAUGGAGGUGAUGGGGGUCAUGUAAUUUUGAAAGCUGACCGGCAAAUGAAAUCACUUUCUUCAGUCCUCCCCUUCUAUCAGGGUUUUCAUGGAGAGAAAGGAAGAAGCAAAAACUGUUACGGAGCUAAUGGUGCAUACAUGUAUGUUAAAGUGCCUGUAGGUACAUUGGUUAAAGAGGAUGGGAAGGUUGUGGCUGACCUCACUCAACAUGGUGAAGAGUAUGUUGCAGCUUAUGGAGGAGCUGGAGGGAAAGGUAAUCGCUUUUUUCUUUCCAAUGAAAACCGAGCUCCAACAUUAUUUACUCCAGGAGAGCCGGGUCAGGAAAGGGUCCUACAUCUGGAACUCAAGACAACAGCUCAUGCGGGAUUGGUGGGCUUUCCCAAUGCUGGCAAAUCAUCACUUUUGAGAGCAAUCUCUAAUGCAAAGCCAGCAGUGGCUGCGUACCCUUUCACAACCCUAAAUCCCCAUGUCGGCAUUGUCCACUAUCAAGACUAUGAACAAGUAGCAGUUGCCGACAUUCCUGGCUUAAUCAAAGGAGCUCAUCAAAACAGGGGCCUCGGGAUGGCCUUCCUAAGGCAUAUUGAACGCUGCCGCUUUCUCUUAUAUGUGGUAGAUCUCUCUGUGUCUCAGCCAUGGAUUCAGCUGCAAGACUUAAAAUAUGAACUGGAGCAAUAUAAAAAAGGAUUGUCUGAGAGGCCUUGUGUUGUCAUCGGGAAUAAGAUUGACCUUGCUCAGUCCAGGAUCAAUCUGCCACUCCUUAAAGAACAGACAGAUGACCGGGUCAUCGCACUGUCUGCAUUGACAGGAGACAACCUCGAGGAACUCUUAUUGCAGUUAAGAGAACUGUAUGACACUUAUGUGAAGACAGAACAAUCGCUAGGGCAGAGCCCGGUCAAGUGGUAGGAACCAGAACUACUGUGAACUGUACUGGAAGGAGAAAAAAAAAUGUCGUAAUUUGAUUAGAUGGCAUCUGUGUGGUUUUGUUUGGUUUUGGAAUUUUUUUUUUUUUUUUUAAUGCAUGGGCCACAGAAUGUGGAUUUGUUCUGGACUGUUGCAUUGGAAAGAUUUGUUUGUUUGUUCAUCUUUGAGGUGUCUCAGGUGUUCUACAACAAAAGUUGAAAAUUGUAAUCAUGAUGGGUGUUGAAUUGGAAACCUGGGUCUUGUUUGGCAUUAGGUAGUUAAUUAUGGACUGAAGAGAAUGCUAUCUAGUAGAAAUGACUGAAAUUCAGGAUCUGCAGAAGAUGCUGGCUUGCUUUCUGAACUGAAGUGACUUCUCAAUUUUCACUAAUCAAAAAUUUUAAAAUAAAAAUAAGGUUGUGCCACGUUUAUCUGUUUUUUAUACCAUAACCACUUUCAUUUGUCUCUUAAACUUUUCUCCUGUUUUGAUUGUUUUAGUUUGUUGGUUUUUUUUAAUUCUCAGGAGGCACAGCUGCUCAGUGUUUUUAGGGAGGAGGAGUAUGAAACAGCUUCAAUUAAUGAUUGAAAUUAUUUCCUUAUUAGUAUAAAUAAGUAACUAUCUUUAAAUGCAGGCAGCAGCUAAGUAGCUGUAUAAAGUAGCCAGGGAACAGUCAUUUGAGACUAACUUCUGAGUUCUUCUCUAGUUUCCUUGAGGAACCUCAAGCAAUGUUCUGAGAAAUCCAAGGCUUAGCUAUUCCAAAUAAAAGAAGAAUACAGUUCUGUGCCCCCCCCUUUUUUUUUUCCUACAUCAUUUUGUGGACAAUGUUCUUAAAUUUUGUUUUCUAGAAGUUCAGAAAUCUCCAUUUUGAAGAGUGGCUCUUUGCUGUCUCCUCAUGCUGAAAGCAGAGCUGCUUCUGUAUACUCUGGUUAUUUUCUGUGUAAAAGAUGGUUAUCUUAAUAGUGAAAAGUCAAAAGUUAUCAAAACAUAUUAUCAAGCUUUUUCAUAAGAGACCCUAACAGACUUGUGGAAUGCUGAGAUACAAAUAAAUGGUCAAGAGAAACAGUUGUUUGUGAGCCUUUACUUAAGUUUCUUGAUUUUUAAAGCGGAUUAACUUUCCUUCCAAGACAGCAGCCUGGAAUUACAGACCUUACACAUACUUUGCCGUAUCAAUGAAGUACAAAGUAAACUCAUUAGCACCAUCAUAAAAUAGAAGAUGUGAUGUUUGUAAACUUGGCUUUGUUUUUUCAGGAAAUACAUUAGUUAAGUUUUAAGGACAGUUUGGUGCAUUAUAAAACACGCACCUAUCUCUUGUCUUUGGUUUAGCUUUGUUAGCUUACAAAUAAGGAUUUCAUUAUGUUUAAACUAAAAUUGACUAUUUUCUGCUCUAUCAGCAGUAGUAGGAAUUACUUGGUGGGUUUAAAAAAAAAAAAAUCAGCUGUAGCCUCUAACUACUUACUUCUGUACACUGCAAUGAAGGUGAUGAUUCUCUCUGCUUUUUCCACUGUGCACGUUUUGUUUGAUUUAAUCUCUAAUGCUUCUGAAUGGUGCAUCCUUAAAAGGCUUCUGAGCAAUGGACUGGCUAUGGCUAGAACGGGGCAGUCUUGUUCAAUUUCUAAAUUAAACCUCAGUUCACACCCUCCUGUUCUGUCAGUGUUGGGAUCAGCUCUGUGAUUAUGAUUAUGAAUUAGAACUGGCCUUGCCUAUAUAAGAAAGAAGGUGCAUGCCCCGUGUUAUUCUGAAGAGCAGCAGGGGUUUAUUCUGGAAAAAGUGCAAGGUCAACUCAAAUGCCUGAAUUAUUAAAUAAAAAAUAUGGGCAAACCAGGUAACCAUAUUCUGAGAAUUUCUUGCUGCGAUCAGGUGUGGAAAGUAAUCUAUGCAUUAUAAGCAGUGAUAUUGAUAUAAAUAUUAUCAGGAAAAAGUGAAAACAAAUAUUAAAUCCCAAAGUCACUCUCAUGUUUUGCUUUGUAGUUGCUUCAUCCCUGGGAUUUACUGAACUGAAUUAGGUAGAAGUUAAUAUUCAGUUCUGCCCUUCUGUUUGGGUUUUGCAGGUUUUUUAGGCUUCACUGUUGUUUUUCCUCAAAAAAACAGAACAUUUGAUACCUACAAAUGUUUCCGCAAAUGUUUCUGUUUCUGCAGAACAUUUGAUAUGUACAAAUACUUCAUGCUCUCUCUGGCUGUAUUUUAGUGUUUGGCAGUCUUCGAGAAUGACAGAUGCUGUUUUAAAAGCCUCUGUACUCACAGGAGCUUUCACCCUUACUUUCUAGUCCUCACGCAACCUCAGUUCUUGGAGCGGAGCGUAUUUUAUGUAGUGAUGUGCAAAAAGCAGAGCAGGUUGCUAGAUGGCUUGUUAGAGUGUCCUAUUGAUCAUAUAAUUGGUUUCUUUGUUCUUAACAUUUCGGCCGCCUGUUCUGAGAUGACAGUACCAAGUUCCUAACCACAUGCUUGGAGGGUUCAAAGAGUCUUUACGGGAGCCCGUACUCCUCCAUCUGUUGAUGAAAAUAGCCAAAUAGCUCCAGCUUUAGUGUUGGAACAACUGCUUGUAGGAACUUGAACUUACUGUAGUCAAUAUACAUCUCUACCAAAUGAAGUAACCUCGUGCUGGAGGUCCCUGUGUUAAUGCUAGAAGGAGCAGCUGUGUGCUCCCAGCACAAUCGGAGCUGAUAGCCUGGGUCACGUUUCUCCAGUGUGGCAGGAAUAUCUCUUGCAUCCCAUUCUAAUUAUGAGGUGCAGAACUGAGGAGUAACCUCUGUUUCUGCUGAAAAGAAGGUAUUUGCAAAGGAAACCUGUUUUACCUCUAGGAACAGAAAAAAAAAAAAUCACGUUGAGAGAAUGACGAAUUAUUUCAGAGAAGAAUGAUACGCUAUAGGAUUUCUUCCCACUGUUGUUUUGUCUGGGGUUGGGGUGGGCUGGCUUGUUUUCUUUUAGGUUUUGGAGGAGUUUUGAUGGCUUUCUUCUGCAUGACAUUCUUUAACAAGCUUUUGCUUUCCGCUGCUGAAACUUUUGAUGUUCUUGAUUUUCAGGUUGACAAGAUGAAAGAGACGGGGGAUUUUAUUUCUUAUUUUGACAAUAACCUUUAUUUUAAUGUAAAUUGAAGUCCAGUCUAUUUUAUGUUUCCUAGAGAAGCUUCAGCCAUAAUUUUGUUUAGCGCUUUACAGUUCUAGUACUCAUCUUUUGAAUACAUUUUUUAGUAUAUGAUUACAAGAAUAUUUUAGUGCUAAUUGUGGGGGGUUUUUAUAUGUUUACUUGCAAUUCCCUCCCGCUUUGUAAGUUCUUGGAAAGUGUAGGUGGUAUCAAUUGAACCAAAAAAGAAAAUGAAAUGAUAAUGCAAAAACAAGCAUUAAAAAGGAUCACACUUUUAAAACAUGGAUAUUGAGGACUCAUUGCGGUACAUGUUUUAAAUAAAACAUUGGAUCAGUGCAUUUAAGCAUGGUGUAUUUUGCAAGCUGCUUUACUUAUAUGGUAUUGUUAAGCACUUUUUUUUUUUUUGUAUUACAUAAUAUGUUUUAAGGUGAAUCAGAACGUUUUUGCAAUGAAUUGAUCUGACGGCAAUAAAAAUGAGGCCCUGGCUGAACUUGUUCUUGGUAGUUCUGCUGGGCUGCAGGACCAUGCUGGGAGGAGAGCAAGGGCUGCCACCCCUCCACCCGGUGGGUAGCACUGCUCGGGAGCUUGGCACGGGCGGGAGGUGUAGGACACCACGCCAGAUGCUGUGUGAUGCCUGCCUGUGUACAUUCUGGUAAUACGUAUGCUUAGGUGUGCGAUAGUAAAGUAGUGGUACGUCACCAGUUGCUCAAAUGCAAUGAAAGGCAUUUCAUUUCCACAAGUGUCAGUUCUCACUUGGUUUCUUUUUCCAUUGCAAGGGAAACUUUUUUCACUAUUGUACACGUAUUUAUUAAGCCUCUUCAUAGGGAUUUUUAUUUUUGAGUAAAUUUGUAGUAAGUGAAUAGGUACUCUGACUUGAACAUGUUUAAAAUCUCGUAACCUGUUGUUUUUAAAUACUGAUUCAAAUCACAAAAUUAGAGGAAUGUCUAUGAACCAGAAAUGUUACUGCUGGUAGAACGGGACCUUGCCGUAGUUUGCACAUGUUUGUACAAGCUACUGGACACAGAACACCAAUCUAACUUCUUUGUUGUCUUGUCUUCCACAGGAUAUUGCUAACGGGGCUCAUUGGCUGCCACCUGUAAUGUAAGGUUAAUGCUGGGAGUGGAGGUUAGGUGUGUUGCAGAUGUGUAACUUAAUGAGUUAUUAAUUGAACGGCAGGUGGAACAGACAUAGGAGCAGACAGGCUGCUGGAAUGCUAAUGUUUGUUAACUCUGCAAUGGGAAUUUAAAGGCAAUGAAUAUAAGCUUUGGCUUAAUCUUUCUACAAACACCACUAUUGUGUAAAAAUGAAUUUUUACUAGUAGCAAAAUUACCUUUACUUUGGGAGCUCUUAUUUUUGGGGACACUGUAACCCAUAACCUGGAGUUUGUUGUCUUGCGUACAAGUUCCAAGAGAUGAGGCUUCCUGGGAGAGGUAGUACCGUGUGUAGUAUGUGUAGGGAGAAUGGAUAGGUUUGGAGCUCAGCAUCUUUUCAAUAGGUCUGCAGCCCUGUCGUUCUUGUGGAAGUUAUAUAUUUGGUUUUGGACCACUUCUGUUAAUAAUGAAGUUCAUCGCCAUUGUGAAAAUAAGGCUGGUAUAAAUUAAAACUUAAUCCUGAAACCGCUAAACUGCAUCCUAAUAUCGAUGUGUGCCUGGCCUUUGAAGAACAGCUUUGUUUUCUUCCAUUUGUCUUCCAUACUGCAGUUUCCAGUGCUGUUCCCCGUUAACAAGUUUCCCCAUCUUGUUAAAUAGAGAUUAAUUGUGCCUGCACUACAGAGGUCUGGAAAGACUGAAGUUAUUAAUAUUUGGAGGGGAGGUUAUAUAUGUAUGCCAAUAAUGAUAAGGGAUGAUUUUGCAACUCUUGAUAAUAGAACAAAGCUACCUUCGGGCUGCACUCCCGAGUUUUCUCUAUGCGGUUCUGAAAUUUAUUAUGUGGUAUGUGCCCGUUUUUCUGAGACAUAAAACAUAGCUGGUAGGACAAAGGCAGGGAGAUUUUUAUCACCUUGUUUUAAUAUUUAGAUUGUGUUUGCCCUUCAUUUUCCCACUGAGAGUAAUUUUUUCACCUCCUCUUUCCUGAUUGAAAUAGAAUUGUCCAAGGAGGCCUUAACAGCGUCUGAUUUCUUAUACACAGGUUGUUUUU